GUAUUCACAAAGCACUUCGUGGGCUGAAAAUUUUCGAAAGAAUAGAUGCCCACUCAUUGCAAUUGGGAAUAUAUUUGUGUAGGCUGCCGGACAAUGACAAGCAGCUCCUAAUAAGAAACUUCUUUGUGGAAUUGGUGGCCGGUGCAUUGCACGCAUCUGUUUCAGUUAUCAUCAUCAUGUUUAGGAUUAUCAUCAUUAAUUCAUUAAAAGAUGAAGGCUCCAGUGGACUCCACGCAGGAUUCCGUCCCAGCCCGGCUCUCCCACCAGAUGCGCCGGGCGGAUCGCAGCAGCAUGGCCACCGGUCGUUCGCCAGCGCUGGAGCGCAUCUGCAAGGAGCUGGAAGACAUCCGCCGCGACCCGCCGGCCAACUGCACGGCGGCUCCGGUAGACCCGACGGACCUGUUCAAGUGGGAGGCCACCAUCCAGGGACCCGCGGGAAGUCCGUUCGAAGGGGGCACCUUUAAGCUGUGCAUCAUCUUCCCCGCCGAUUACCCAUUUCGGCCGCCUCAGGUGAAAUUCCUGACCAAGAUCUAUCACCCUAACAUCGGCUGGAACGGCAACAUUUGCCUCAAUGUGCUCGCGUCGCAGUGGACGCCGGCUUUGUCCAUCGCAAAGGUUCUCAUCUCCAUUUGCUGGCUGAUGCGCAACCCAAAUGCCAGUGACCCGCUCGUAAACAGCGUGGCUACUCUCUACCGAAACAACCGCGUCCUCUACGACAUCACGGCGCGCGAGUGGACCGAGAUGCACGCCUCGAACAAAUGACGGACAUCUGCCCCCUUCCAUGGCCUUGUCCUCUGAGCCAUGCCUCGGUGCGGCAUGGAGCCUUUUAAACACCCCCUUUCCUUUCUUUUCACUGCCAGACACUUCAGCAUAAACAAACUUUCAGCUGUCA